AUGUCCUCCUCAAUCUACACCUACACCAUCGAUCCCUUCGUCAAGGGCAUCCAGGCCCUCAAGGUCAUCCUCCAGAAAGCCGAAGAGCACGCCAAGGCCAACAACAUCCCCAUCGAUGACCUCUUCAACGCCUCGCUCGGCCACGACAUGAAGGGGCUCCCCUUCCAGGUCUUCAUCGUCACAAACACAGCGAUCAAGACCCUCUGCCGCGCAACUUUCGUCGAGCCCCCAGCCCAGGAGCAAAACGACAAGACAUUCGACGACUUCUACAAGCGCAUUGACGAGGCCCUUGCCGCGCUCGAGAAGGCCGACCUCGCUGUGCUUGCCGCGAACGAGGGCAAGAAGUUCAAGGCGCCCAUGGGACCCAAGGAGUAUGAGUUUACCCCCGAGACGUAUGCGGUGCUGUUUGCGACUCCGAACUUCUAUUUCCACCUGGUGACUGCGUAUGAUAUCCUGAGGGCCAAGGGCGUGCCGGUGGGGAAGAUGGACUACCUGGGCACCUUUAUGGCGCCUGUUAUGUAA